AUGGUGAUCACCAUGUCUUACUCCUUCGCCGUCUUGAAUAUAUGCAGUACCUACCCUCCUGAAAUAGUGGUUCCUAAAUCUGUUACAUUGGGAAUGGUGGUUGGAAGUUCGAAGUUCAGAAGUAAAGAAUGUGUGCCUAUGCUUUCCUACCUCUACAAAGAGAACAAUCCUGCCAUUUACCACUGUAGCCAGCCUCUGUCUGGAUUUUAUACUCAUUGCAUAGAUGAUGAGCUCCUGCUAGAGGUUAUUAGCCAGACGAACCCAGAGAGCCAGUUUAUGUAUGUUGUAGACACAAGACCAAAAUUAAAUGCCAUGGCCAACCGAGCAGCUGGGAAGGGUUAUGAAAAUGAAGGCAACUAUGCCAACAUUCGCUUCAGGUUCAUAGGCAUUGAGAACAUCCAUGUGAUGCGGAGCAGCCUGCAGAAACUCUUGGAAGUUUGUGAAUUGAAAACUCCAACAAUGAGUGAAUUUCUUAGCAGCCUGGAGAGCUCAGGGUGGUUGAGACACAUUAAAGCUAUUAUGGAUGCUGGAAUUUUCAUUGCAAAGGCAGUGAAGGUAGAAAAGACCAAUGUCUUAGUCCAUUGUUUUGAUGGGUGGGACCACACAGCACAGGUCUGCUCUGUGGCCAGCAUCUUCCUAGAUCUAUUUUGUAGGACAUUCAAGGGACUCAUGAUCCUGAUAGAGAAGGAAUGGAUAUCCAUGGGCCACAAGUUCUCCCAAAGGUGUGGCCACCUGGAUGGGGACGCUAAAGAAGUAUCCCCUAUCUUCACACAGUUCCUAGACUGUAUCUGGCAGUUAAUGGAACAAUUUCCUUGUGCCUUUGAGUUUAAUGAAAAUUUCUUGCUGGAAAUUCAUGACCAUGUUUUCUCCUGCCAGUUUCGGAACUUCCUUGGAAACUGCCAGAAGGAUCGAGAAGAUCUGAGAAUCUAUGAGAAAACCCAUUCCGUGUGGCCUUUCUUGGUUCAGAGGAAACCAGACUUCAGGAACCCUCUCUAUAUAGUCUUCACUGUGUAUGGGGUACUCAAUCCUCGUACUGUGCCCUACAACAUUCAGUAAGUUCCUAAGCUGUCCCAUCCUUUCUUACAGCAAGCCCAGGGCCUCAGCUGCUUUGCCUCUCCUUUUAUAGCUGACAUCAUCUCCAUAAGCCUGGCUAUGGAGUAGGACACUCUCUCCCCAGAUCACCCAUUCCUUGCUGCCUCUGAAAACAAGACCACACUCCCUUUGGUUGUUGUUACUUGCUGAGGGAAAUAAACAAGAAACAAUAGUUGAUUUGUAGUAAUACAACCAGUAAAGAUGUAGGUUGUUUCAUUCCUUUGAGUCUUUCCUUGUAUAUUCCUCUUCUUUCCCAUCCUUUUCCCUAACAAAGAGAAGGAAAAACAGAGAAAGAGAAUGUGCUGGUAUUGUUUGCUCUACUUUCCCCAAAAAGUGUAAAGUAUAGGGUGCCGUGUUCACUGACCACAACUCAAUGAGUACAAGACAGAACUGAAUGCAUUUAUUAAGUCUAGCGGUUUAUUUUGUAUAUUCAUUAGGAUUUUAUAUAUGUAAGAUCAUGUCAUUUCUGAAUAGAGAUUGUUUUACUUAUUCCUUUCCAAUUUGGAUGCCUUUUAUGUUCUUGCCUAAUGCCCUGUUUAGAACUUACAGUGUUGAAUAGAAGUAGUGAAAGCAGACAUCCUUGUACUGUUCCUGAUCUUAGGGGGAAACCUUUUGGUCUUUCUCCAUUGAGUAUGUUAUAUUUUUGUUUUGUUUUGUUUUACAAAUGACCUUUAUCACGUUUAGGACAUUCCUUCUGUUCCUAGUUUGUUGAGUGCUUUUGUGAUGAAAGGAUGUUAGAUUAUAUCAGAUGUUUUCCUGAAUCAUGUUGAGAUGCAGAUGAGAUGACUAUGUGUUAUUUUCUCCUUAAUUUUAUUUACUUUUUUGUUUCUUUUUUGUUUGGCCAUGCCGCACAGCUUACAGGAUCUCAGUUCCCUGACCAGGGAUUGAAUCCAGGCCACAGUAGUGAAAGCCCAGACUCUUAACCACUAGGCCACCAGGGAGCUCCCUCUCCUUAAUUUUAUUAAUAUGGUGUAUAAAUUUGAUUGAUUUUCAGAUGUUGAACCACCCGUGCUUUCCUAGGGUAAAUCCCACUUGGCCAUGGUGUAUAAUCCUCUUAAUAUGCUGCUGCAUUCAGUUGGCUACUAUAUUGUUGAGGAUUUUUGCAUCUAUAUUCAUAAAGCAUAUUAAUCUACAUUUUUUGUGAUGUCCUGGUCUGGCUUUGGUAUCAGGGUAAUGGUGACCACAUAGAAUGAGCUGGGAGUGUUCCAUUCUCUUCAAUAUUUGGAAUACUUUGAGAAGGAUUGUUGUUAAUUCUUUAAAUGUUUAGUAGAAUUCACCAGUGAAGCCAUCUGGUCCUGGAUUUUUCUUUGUUGGGAAGUUUUUGAUUACUGAAUCAGUGUCUUUACUUGUUAUAGGCCUGUUCAAAUGUUUUAUUCCUUCUUGAGUCAUUUUUGGUAGUUUUUAUGUUUCUAGAAAUUCGUCCAUUUCAUCUGUCUAAUUUGUUGGCAUGCAAUUGUUCAGGAUAUUCUCUCAUAUUUUUCUCUAUUUCUGUAAGUUCAGUAGUAACAUCCCUAAUUUAAUUUAUGAUUUUAGUAAUUUGAGACUUUUCUCUUUUUUCUUUUAUUUUUUGAGGCCAAAAUACUUUAAUAUCCAAAGCAUCCUGUACGUAAACUGGAUAAUACAUAUUAAAUUAUACAUUUCUAUGACAUUUAGGGAUUUGGGGGGCAUUUUUCCCACUUUAUUGAGAUAUAAUUGACAUAUAACAUGGUGUAAGUUUAAGGUGUACAAUGUGGUGAUCGAUACUUGUAAAUAUUGUGAAAUGCUUACCACAAUAAGAUAAGUUAGCACAUCCUCUACCUCAUACAAUUACCAUUUUGCUGUUGCUGUUGUUAUGGUGAGAAUAUUAAAGCUCUGCACUCAUAGCAAAAAUAUGGAAUAAUUCACAAAUUUGCAUGUUAGUCUUUCACACGUGCCAUGCUAAUCCCUGUAUCAUUCCAAUUAUAUUAUAUGUGCUGCUAAAGUGAGCACUCUCAUUGUUUUUAAUCAGUUUAGCUUAAAGUUUUGUUGAAUUUAUUGAUCGUUUCAAAGAACCAAUUUUAGUUUUGUUGAUUUUCUCUAUUUUUUUAUAAUCUUUAUUUCUUUUGUCUCUGUUCUAAUCCUUAUUAUUUCUUUCCUUAUGCUGACUUUGGUUUUAAUUUGCUCUUCUUUUUUCGUUUCAUAAGGUAUAAAGUGAUUUACUUGAGAUCUUUCUUCUUUUUUAGUGAAUGCAUUUACAGCCAUAAAUUUCCUUCUUAGCAGUUCUUUCUCUGUAUCCCAUAAGUUUUGGUAUAUUGUGUUUUUGUUUAUACCCAUCCCAAAGUAUUUUUAAAUUUGAAUUUCAGAUAAACAAAAAAUAAUUUGCUUAAAAAGCUUGGAUGAUAUGUCCCUUUAAUGCAUUUAAAGACAGUUCUAAAAUGUAUAAAGAAAUGGAAUUGAAAGUUACAGUUAAAAAUUAAGGUGAGGUGGAUGGACCUAGAGUCUGUCAUACAGAGCGAAGUAAGCCAGAAAGAGAAAAACAAACACCAUAUGCUAACACAUAUAUAUGGAAGCUGAGGAGAAAAAAAAAAAAAAAGGUCAUGAAGAACCUAGGGGUAAGACGGGAAUAAAGACACAGAUCUACUAGAGCAUGGACUUGAGGAUAUGGCGAGGAGGAGGGGUAGGCUGUGAUGAGGUGACAGAGUGGCAUGGACAUAUAUACACUACCAAGCGUAAAGUGGAUAGCUAGUGGGAAGCAGCCACAUAGCACAGGGAGAUCAGCUAGGUAGUUUGUGACCGCCUGGAGGGGUGGAA